AGCCCCUCCUCCGCAUCCUCCCCCACCUCUGCAGCAUCCCGUGCUCCCUCGAGCGCAUCACACCUUUCCGCCCGCUCCCCCCGCCGUCCUGGCCCAUCUACUCCAACAUCCGCGUCCGCCCCCGCGUCUUCGUCUACUUCUUCUGCCCGCCCAAGCGGCCCCUCCGCGUGGACGAUGAUGACCGACUCCGGCUCCGAAGACGAGGCCAUCGGCGGCGGCAGCACGGACGACUACGUGCUCGCCAUGCACGACUUUUCUCCCCAGCAGCCGAACGCGACCUGCCUCAGCUUCCGCGCGGGCCAGGUCAUCCACGUCCUCAACCGCGACCAGAGCGGCUGGUGGGACGGCGAGCUUGACGGCAGGCGGGGCUGGUUCCCGAGCAACUAUGUCACCGCCGAGGUCGGGCUGCUCACGGAGGAAGAGCUCCCGGGCGCGAAGAACUCUCGACCCGGCCACAAACACAACAUGUCCGUGUCGUCGACGACGUCCUGGGCGAGCAACGUCUCACAGAAAGGCAAAGCCACCUUCCCCCGCAACAACCACCGGCCAACAGCAGCGGACUCGUUUGGCCCCACCAUCGACAUGUACUGCCCCCCGCUCAUGCUGCCCCUCCUCCGCGCACUCUCUCUGCUUCAAAACGCCGUGCGCAUGAAUCGCGUACACCACUUCCAGCCCGCAACCGCGUGCAUCAUAUCGUGCGUCCGCGCCCUCCUGUCCGAGAUCGGCUGCCUCUCGCGGGACGCGCCCGUGCUGAAGCAGCACGGCGUGCUCGCGCAGGAGCGCAAACGCAUCCUCUCCGACCUCGCGUCGCUCGUCUCGCAGGCGAAGCGCGCGUCCGACGAAGGGACGGCCGGCAUCUCCGAGGAGACGCGCGACAUGGAGGUGCAGGGAAUGGUGCGCCUUGCGGGGCAGCUGUUCGCGCACGUGCGCGGCUUCCUUGCCGUCGCCGUGCAGUGCGGCGUGAACCUGCCCUCGGCGGCCGCAGCGCGUCCCGUGCGCAGUGCCGACGCGGAGUCUUCGCAGGGGCAGGGGCGCUGGGGAGCGGGCGAGAUGGGCGAGGACCACUUCGCGACGCCCGGCCGGACUAGCAACGGCAUCGCGACGAGGGCGAGGCGGAUGACAGACGCCGCGAAUACGCCGUCGAGGCCGAAGAGCUUGGGCGACCUCAAGAUCCCGAAACGGGCUGCGAUGGGAGCCGACUACCCACCUGUGCCCGCCGGAACCCUGAGGAUCCCGCAACGGAAGCUGUCCGAGCAGCAGCUCGCGUCGCCCGCGCGGAGGGUGUUCAGCGAGAGCACGCCGCGGCAGCACCACCGGCCGAUGCAGGACUCGGUGAGCAGCAACUACUCGUCGUCGUCAUCGUCGUCGUCGUUCUCGAGCGACUCGGUCGGCACGCCCGCGACGCCCGUCUUCCCCUCGGGGCCCGCGACGGCCGCGGAGCUCACGGACGCGCUGCGGUACACGCACGACAGCUUCCUGUCCACGAUCGCGGCGUUCAUCGGGCACGCGCACUCGCACUCGCGCCGCUCGCACGCGGCGAGCACGGGCCACAUGUACGACCUCGUGCGCGAGGUCGUCGACGUCGUCUGCCGGCUGCUCACGCUCGUCGACGCCGUCCUGCGCCACCCGGACAUGCCGCCCGCGCGCGCGGAGGGCGUGCGCGCGGCGAAGGAGGGCCUGUACGCCGUCGCGAGCACGCUCGCGGACUCGGUGCGCGUGCUCACCGCGCCGCCUGCGGACGGCGUGUCGGAGGAGGCGGAGAAGGAGGGCCUGCUGCGGUGCGCGACGGACGCGCUCAGGGCGGGCUCGGACUGCGUGAACGCGGUGAAGCGCUGCGUGCAGCGCGCGGCGUCGGCGGGCGAGCGCCCGUUCGUGUUCGUGCUGCCUGCGCCCGGGGACCCGGAGGGCGGGGUGUACACCCCAAGGAAGUUCGGGCACGGGCAUGCGCACAGCGCGUCGACGGCGAGUGCGAGGAGCGGGACGAAGAGCGGAGGAGGCAGCGGCGGGCCGAGGAUACGCAGGGAGAGCAGUUUGCAGGCGGUGCGCGGGCUGUAUGUGGAGGGCGAGGGCGAUGGGGAGGAGGAGGACCUGACGAUCCAGGCGCAGGGCGUGGACGGGGAGGAGCAUACGCUGAGGGUGAAGGGCGAGGCCAUUCCUGUCAUCGAGGAGCCUCCGUCGCUUCCGCCCUCGCCCUCACUUGGUGCAGAUGGGGAUGGAGGCGUCGAGAGCGAGCUGCCUACGCCGGUGACGCCGAGCGUCGUCUCCCCCAUUCUUGCAGAGAAGCCCCUGCCGGAGCCGCGCCCGUCGCUCGACAGGGCGACGCUUCGUUCGGAUGCGAUGUCGCUAAACUCGUACGCACCCACGGAGGACGAUAGGACGACGUGGGAGGGCAGCCAACGCCACGGCGCCGCUCCGAGCACGACGUCGUUCGAGCAGCAGCUCCUCAGCGGGGAGCUCCCGGCCGUUUCUGGGGCCCACCCGUUUGGCGCGGCGGUGCUGCCGUGGACGUUCCCUCACGACCAUGCCCCCGAAGACGUCGCGUACAACUCGGACGGGCAGCUCGUGGGCGCGACGCUCGAGGCGCUGGUGGAACGCAUGACGCCCCACGACGCGCUCGUCGAGCCGCCGUUCGCGGCGGUGUUCUUCAUGACCUUCCGCCUGUUCACGACCCCGGCGGAGCUCCUCGACGCGGUCAUCGCGCGCUACAACAUCCUCCCGCCGCCAGGGCUCGCGGACGCCGACCUGCGCCUGUGGCAGCAGCGCAAGGGCCUCCCCGUGCGCCUGCGCGUGAGCAACUUCAUCAAGACGUGGGUGGAGACGUACUGGCGGCACGCGACGGACGCGGUCGUCGUCCCGACGCUGGUCUCGUUCAUCAAGGACGCGCUAUCCGCGAUGUUCCCCGGGCCGUCCCAGCGCAUCCUCGAGCUCGUCCACCAGCGCGUGUCGGCGGGGAGCGCGGACACGCUGAGCCCGCGCGCGGACCGCGACAGGGCGCGCGACGCGGGCAUGCCGCUCAACCCGCCCAUGCUGCCCGGGCCGAUCUCGGAGGUCCCGCGGCCGAUCAUGACGAAGACGGUGCUGUCUGCGCUGCGCUCGCGGCACUUUGCCGCGGUCGCGAUCACGGACUUUGACCCGCUCGAGCUCGCGCGGCAGAUGACGGUCAUGGAGUGCUUCCUGUACUGCGCGAUCCAGCCGGAGGAGGUGCUGGAGACGGGCGCGAGCGCGAAGAAGGAGGGCGCGGCGCCGAACGCGGGCGUGAAGGCGGUGACGUCGCUCAGCACGGCGAUCACGGGCUGGGUGGCGGAGAGCAUCCUGAACGAGCCGGACACGAAGAAGCGGACGGCGCUCGUGAAGUUCUUCAUCAAGCUCGGCGACCGGUGCGUCUCGCUGAGGAACUACUCGACGCCGCGGUCCAUCCUUGCCGCGCUCGACUCGUCGACGAUCGCGAGGCUGCACCAGACUUGGAUGGGUCUGUCUCAGAAGAGCAAGCUGCAGCUGGAGGCGCUCCGGAAGCUUGCUGACCACGCGCGGAAUUACCAUGAAUACCGCUCGCGCUUGCGGAACACCGCGCCACCUGCGGUGCCUUUCCUUGGCCUCUACUUGACAGAUAUAACGUUCUGCCGCGAAGGGAAUCCUUCGCACAGGACGUCACCGAAGGCGCCUGAGAAGAAGCUCCUCAACUUCAACAAAUACCACAAGCUCGCGCGUAUCGUACAAGAUAUGCAACGUUUCCAGGUUCCCUAUAACCUGAAGGAGAUUCCUGAGGUCCAAGUGUACCUGCGCGACGCCUUUGAAAAGUCCCAGCGACAAGGAGACCUGCAGGAUCUCUAUCGACGCAGUCUUCUCGUCGAGCCGAAACAGUCUGCCGAGGCACCUCCGAGCAGCGAUGUGCCGCGACAACUCUUCGCGUGGGCGAGUCGGUCACAAUCGUCCGUGGCUCCCUCUGCAGCGGCUUCAUAAUGUCUAGUUUUGUUCCAACUUACUCCGUCGCAUUUGUCUGUCUUCAUGUUAUAAUGUCGUUUGGCUUUGCACUCCCCGUUAUCGUUUUGUAGACCUGCAUCGCUUCAUUGUCUUGUACUUGUGUUGUUGCAUACAUACCUCGUCCGCUCUCUCAUCCCUUCUGUGCUUAUGGACAAUACAACAUCGUCUUCAUUGGUGUCAUUGGGGCGUCCGACUCGCAGACGGAUCCACUAGUAGUUCUACGUCUAUCCCUCAGCAUCUAGUUAUCCCUCAUCUCUCCUCACCUUCGUUGUUUCACAUACUCCGUUACCCUCCUCUCCAU